GAUCACCUAGCUUCAUCGCACCCCGUCCUCACUCCUCAGCGAUCGAUCGGACUCGGAAGAAUUAUUCACGCGGACGUGUGCGCGCCCCGCACCAUGAAGGCCGCCGCGGCGACGCUCCUGCUGGCGCUGGUGGUCGCGGCCGCCGCCGUGGCCCCGUCGCCAUCCGACGCGGCCAGGUUCGGCGACGGCGGCCCCGCCGCGGCGGUGGCCAUGAAUAAGAACACUGCUGGCGGCGGCCUGCAGCACCGCCAUGGCCCCCGCUGGCGCGACCACCACCACGGCGGCAGCCGGUCCCCCCUGGCGGGGCUGACGGAGUGCGUCACCGUGUGCGGGAGCGGGGUGACGGGGUGCAUGCUCGACUGCUACAAGCCGGCGCUGGGGCUGGACCCCGUGCAGCUGCCCGUCUGCCUCCUCAAGUGCACCAACAACGCAUUGCUCUGCGGCUCCAGCUGCUCAACCAACCUCUAGCUAGCUACCCGGCCAUCCGUUCUACCGAUCACACACAAAUAUAUUUAUAUAAUCCCGCCACCACUUAGCUAACUAAACGAUCGAAUGCCAUGACAUGCGAAAGUAUAUAUAUAUAUAUAUAUAUAUAUAUAUAUAUAUAUAUAUAUAUAUAUAUAUAUAUAUAUAUAGUAUAUGCCACUGAAUAAGAUUAAUUAUGUCCCUCCCACACCUAUGGUUGUACUUGAUGAUGCAUUCCAUACUACUAGACACUACCAAUGGCUUUGCAAAACUCGUGCUUAUCAUGAAUAAUACAAUGGCUACUUCA